CGGGGCAUCUGCCCUGUUAGAGCGCUACAUGGGCCCCAAGCUCCAAACGGCCAAGAAUAUCACAAACCAGCUUCGUUUCAAAGUAUCUUUGGUACUGGUCUUAGCACCACCUCACCACGAUAAAUGCAUCUUUGGUGAGGGCCGCUUUCUCAACAAACCAAGCAAUGAAAACGCUGCCCUGCCAAAGCGGCCAGCAACUGGGAGGGAUCUGGAACACGUUUCUGCCCUUGUCUCUCUUCAUUGGGCCGUUCUCGCUAUUCUCGUCCCUCGUCCCCAGCCCCGAGUCCGGCCUCAUACAUUCCAUGGCUUUCUGUGUCUUUUCCAGGUGCCCUAUUCAGUCAAUGACCUCGGUCCUGGACAAAACAAAGGCCGUUGCCAUGUCUUGACACCCUGCCCGUCGGCCGUUGGCACCCCUGUGUGGUCUGAUUGGCUGCCCACAACCAUUGUCUCUCGCACAACGGCUCUCCAGCCAUCCAUCAUCGGGAUCUUGUGGACUCUAGGGACUGAGCUUGCGUCAAAGUGCGUCUUCGACAAUCUACAAGUCCCGACGCCCGAUCUUCAAGACGUCUUUUCCCCGGCACCCCGGUCCAACGACGAGCUGCUAAUUGGCAAUUGAGAUCAAACAAUGGCAUUCUGACUCCACAAAUGGUCUGGGACAGGCUGUACGCCAUGGAUUAUCCCGAGGAUGUUGCUCGGAAUAGCCAGGUGCUAAUGCGGUUCUUCCCGAUCAUGGAUCCCGACCCCGUCACCCCGUCCAGUAAAGCCGGGGUAAGACAAGUGUAGGGUCGGCAGGCAAGUCAUUCUGUAGGCAGCUGAUAUUGCCUAGAGUAAUUUUAACCUAAUCGUCUGGAGCUCAAUUGGAAAUGACGUCUGGCUUUGACCCGGGGAGGUGGUUCUCGGCCGGGGAGACAGCAUGUUAGUCGGCUUGCCUUUGGCACAUCCGCAUGCCUGCAAGCUCUUUGUCCGCUUUCACCCGACUAUAAGUCAUACAUAGCACAUCACUGGGAUAUGGCAUUCUUCGAGUCUCUCGGUUGGCUCAUACAGACGCUGGCUUCCAUAGUAGGAUAAACAAUUUCCCAGCUUUUGUUUACC